UCCGCAGAAAAUGGGUUCUUCUUCUAGUUCACACCACUAACCCAGAAAUGGAGCUCCGCCUCUGUAACCCAUUUCGUCACAUGAUUCCUCUUUCUUCAAUUGUCUCCAAUCAAAUUACAUCUUCAUCCCGACAUCGUAGCUUAUCGGUUCGAAGCUCCAACUUAGACACCAAAGAAUCACGCAAGCUAGUUUUAGAGGUGAAGGAGAAGCUUGAGAAAGACUAUCGGAGUCUUCCAGUUGGCAAAAAUGGAAGAGAUGAUGAGGACUUGAUUCUAUGGUUUCUCAAGGACCGGAAGUUUUCUGUGCAAGAAUCAGUUGAGAAGUUGCACAAAGCAAUUAAAUGGCGUCAAGAAUUUGGAGUGUCUAAGUUGUCUGAAGAUUCAGUGAAGAGCAUUGCUAAAACUGGAAAAGCUUAUGUGCACGACUUUCUGGAUGUUAAUGGUAGACCAGUUCUCAUAGUGGAUGCUGCUAAGGAUUUUCCUGGUGUGCAUGAUUCUCUUGAGAAUGAGAAGCUCUGCGUAUUUUUGAUUGAGAAGGCAUUAAGUGCCAUUCCUGAAGGGAGAGAAGAAAUACUUGGUAUCUUUGAUCUCCGAGGCUUUGGUACAGCGAAUUCUGAUUUGAAGUUUAUAACAUUUCUGUUUGAUGUAUUCUACUAUUAUUACCCAAAGCGAUUGGGCCAAGUCCUGUUUGUGGAUGCUCCAUUUAUAUUCAAGCCAAUUUGGCAGCUUGCAAAGCCAUUGUUGAAAUCAUAUGCUUCAUUGGUGAGGUUUUGCUCCGUGGAGACUGUCAGGACAGAAUAUUUUACAGAAGCAACACUACUGGCCAAAUUUAGAGACUGAUCAAUGAGAAAAUAUACUUACUAAUAUGACUUGAGCAACACUGUAAUUUUUACUCACUAGCUCAUGUCUUGUGCAAGUGAGAUGUAGUUAUGUAGAUUCUUCUACUUGGCUUCAUAACUUUUGUUGGUUAUUGGGACUAUUACAUGUCCAUCACCUCAAGCUAUUAGUCAUUCUUGGGGCCAAGAGAGAGGUGAAGCUCCUCUGGCAUUUCCCAAUACUAUUGGAAGGUAUACAGUUUGUUCGUGGAUAAACAACUUGGCAAUUUAAUUGACAACUCAUGGCAGAAUCAGAGACGUUGAGA